AUGGAGAAGUUAACUCUCAUGGUUGUUUUUUUGCUUCUUUCUUCAUUAUUUAUUCAACCUCUCACGGCUCAAUCCAGUUGCCAAGGAGUGACAAAAAGUUCAUGGCCUGAACUUCUUGGGGUACCAGCAAAGUUGGCUAGGGAAAUAAUUCAGAAGGAAAAUCCAAAACUAACUAAAGUUCUAAAUGUACCGAAUGGUUCUAUAGUGACUGCAGAUUUUCGAUGUGAUCGAGUUCGUCUUUACGUUAAUAUCUUGGAUUUUACUGUACGAACUCCUAGUAUUGGUUAA